UCCAGGGGGAUGCUGCCGCGCGAUGCAACAGCGACGUAAACAAGAUGGCGGAGAAUGUGAAAGUCGCUGUACGAGUUCGGCCAUUCAAUGAGCGGGAGAUUAAGGUGAAGGCCAGUUGCAUCAUUAAGAUGUACGGCAAGACCACCGAGAUCGUUGACCCGGCCAACAAGCAGAGCGAGCCCAAAAAGUUCACCUUUGACCAGUCCUACUGGUCACAUGACGGCUACAAGGAAGGUCCAGAUGGCUACUUGGAAGCGGUUGGCAGCAAGAGUCCCUACGUCGAUCAGCGGAAAGUCUUCAAGGACCUUGGUAUGUCUGUGUUGGAGAAUGCGUGGAAAGGCUACAACUGUUGCAUGUUUGCCUACGGCCAGACAGGGAGUGGCAAAUCAUACUCUGUGGUUGGAUAUGGAGCGAACAAGGGCAUCGUACCUGAAACGUGCGAGAAGCUCUUCAAUGGCAUCGACGAGAACUUGAAGACAGCUGACAAGUCUAGGGAACAGGAGUACCAGGUGUUUGUGAGCAUGCUUGAAAUCUACAAUGAGCAGGUCCGCGACCUCUUGAACCCCAGCAGUUUCAAGGUCAAGGGAGGGUUAAAGGUCAGGGAGCACCCACAAAGAGGGUUCUAUGUGGAAUCUCAAAGCAUCUUCCCAGUCAAGAGUUACGACGACAUCAACGAGAGAAUAAAUGAAGGGACGCGGAACAGAACCAUCGCAUCCACCAACAUGAACGCAACCAGCAGUCGGGCACACACCAUCGUCUCCAUCAAAUUUGUACAGAAGGGUAAAAACGACGCUGGGCAGAACAUGACCAAGACGUCCAUCAUCAACCUGGUCGACUUGGCAGGAAGCGAACGAGUAGACAGCACAGGAGCCACUGGCGAUCGAUUGAAGGAAGGAGCGGCCAUUAACUUAUCACUGUCAUCACUGGGUAACGUCAUCAAGGCACUGGCCGAUCAGGGGAGUGGAAAGAAGUCAACCCGAGUUCCUUACCGCGACUCCAAACUCACGAUGUUGCUGAAAAAUGCCCUUGGCGGCAACAGUAAAACUAUCAUGAUUGCGGCCUUGAGUCCAGCUGACAUCAAUUACGAUGAGACUUUGUCAACCCUCAGAUAUGCUGACCGAGCCAAGUCGAUCAAGACCAAGGCUGUGGUGAACGAGAGCCCAACUGAGAAACUGAUCCGUGAGCUGAAGGAAGAGAACGCUCGCCUCUUGUUGGAACUACAGGGGAAGGGAGGAGGGGGCCAGGCUGUGAUGCAAGGAGUACCUGAAGAAGAGGUGGAAGAACUCAAGAGGGAAUUGGAGUUGCAGAUGCAGAGGAACCAGAGCGAGAUGGACUCCAUGAGGCAGUCCUGGGAGCAGAGACUCAAGGAAGUCCAAUCAGCACAAGAGGAAAAACUGGCUAAAGAAAUUCGAAAGAGGGACGAGAUGAAAGUUACACCCCAUUUCUGGAACUUAAACGAAGACCCAGCUCUGACGGGAAUGGUUGUACAUUUCACCUACCCAGGAUCGACGCGAGUGGGGAAUCAGAAAGCAGAAACCACGCCAGAAAUAAUGCUGUCAGGACUCAGUAUACAGAAGGACCAUGCUACAGUCACCAACAAGAAGGGGGUGUGUGUCCUACAGCCCUCCCCUGGAGCCAAGGUGCUGCUGAAUGGUAAAGACCUCAUAGACAAGGCAGAGCUCCACCACAAUGACAGAGUCAUGUUCGGUUCCAGUCAUCUCUACGUCUUUCACCACCCGCAAGAUCUCGCCAAAAACCAGAAGGCCGGAAAGAAGGAGGAGAAAGUGACAUACGACACGGCGCAGGAAGAGAUUGCCGCCAACUCGGGAUUCGACAUGAAAAAGGGGCCGGAUAAAUCCAAAGAUGAUCUCUUGCUGCAAGAGGACCUGGUUCAGCUGAUGCCCAUGGUGAUCGAAGCCAACGCCAUGAGCGAGGAGCUAAAGAAGGGCGUGCGAUUCGAGAUCGUCCUGAUCUCGCCACAGGCCAGGGGCCAGAAACACAGCCGGACAGAGUUGGCAGUUCUGAUGCGCUGCAACGAUAACGACAAUGAGUUCCUGUGGGACAAGAACAAAUUCCUAAACCGCAAGUACCUCAUGCAGGAGAUGUACCAGAACUUUGUAGACGGGGAACCAGACUGGGACAGGGAAAAGGAUAACGACCCCUUCUGGGAGCCCCCGGACUCUGAAGUCAUGAUUGGCUGCACCCACGUCUACCUCCAGAGUCUCGGGUACCUCAUUGAGGUGGAGGAACUUUUGGGCAUCACUGAUUUCCGCGGCAAUGAGCAGGGGCUCCUCAAGGUGGAGAUCUACCCGUGCAACGCAGACGGGUCCAAUCUGGCCGAGGACGAUUUCGUAGACGAGCCCGAGGAACUGCUGGGACGACAGGUGGCCUUCAAGAUUGUCCUUACCCACGCCAGAGGUCUUCCCUCGCGAUUCCAGAAGAGCCGAUGUAAAUAUCGUUUCUACCUUGAUAAGAAUCCAGCCCAAACGUCGGAGAUCGCUGGCACCUGCAACCCAGACUACAAUUACAACAAAAUCGUUUCCGUCAAUGCUGUCACAAAACAACUGCUUGAGUAUUUCAACGAAGGCAUGCUGACAGUCGAGGUUUGGGGUCGUCAGUCGGACACCAGCAAAAAGGGGCGGGUCGCACGGGGCCGACCCAAAACGGCCAGCACCAACGGGACUGUGGAAGCUGAGGAGCGAAACCGGAUGGCUGUGGAGCUGAAUACAGAGAAGAAGAGGGUUGCCAGACUGGAGGCCAAACUGCACAAGCUGAGAGACCUGGUCAUCGAGGCGCAAUCAAAAGGGGAGGAAGUCAUUGCCAUCAGGGACUUACAAGCGGCAGUCAUGGGGGGGUCGUCAGCCAGCUUCAAAGCUGCCGCCCGCGUGGUCGCCAUCUCCGAGAAGUCAAAGGUCGAUGGGCAGGUGACAAGUACGACGUGCAAUGUGCAAUGAAUGCAGGAAGUCCCGUCUUCCGUCAGAAAGACUCCGCUUCUGUGGCCCGACCACCGUUGUAGUGCAAGAACAUUCCUGUUUUGUGUAGUGGAAGCUUAGAAAUCAAGGUACAGAUAAUUUCUCCAGCCGUAGUUUGGCCUUUUUGUAUCAUUGUCCGGCUUUUUAUAUUGACAUCUUUACGAUUUCAGUGAUCGUUUGAACCACUGCAAAAUUUGCACUCAUGGAAAUACCCAAAUUGGCCCAGAAUAACUUGUGUGGUGUGAAUAUAAAAA